AUGGCCGAAUCCAUGAUACAACUUCACUGGGCGGAUUACGCCAUGUUUGCAGCACUCCUGGCCGUAUCCAUCGGUAUCGGAAUAUACCACGCAUGCGCGGGGUCCAAGCAGAGAACCACUUCCGAAUAUUUGGUUGCUAACCGGAAGAUGUCGGUGCUUCCGGUAUCCUUUUCGUACGUGGUGACGUUUAUGUCCUCUGUAUUCAUGUUGGGAUUCCCGGCAGAAAUGUACCUCUAUGGCUGUACUUACAUCUUCAACUUCGUCUCCAUCAUUAUCUCCAACACAAUGAUCGUCACCAUUUUGGUACCCCUCUUUCAUCCGCUCCAGCUGACCAGUUCAUAUGAGUAUUUAGAGAAGCGGUUUGACUCUGUGGCUGUCAGAAAGAUGGGCGCGGUGUUUGGGAUGCUCUUAAACACAUUGUACAUGGCCGUCGUUCUCUAUGGACCCGCCGUUGCCAUGGAAACCGUGGCUAAUCUCCCUGUCUGGGCUUCCGUUGUUCUGGUCGGCAUUGCUUCCAUCAUUUACACAUCUAUCGGAGGCAUCAAGGCCGUCAUAUGGACAGAUGUGUUCCAGUGUAUUAUCAUUUUCAUAGGAAUUACAGCCGUUCUUAUAAAGGCAACCAUGGAUAUUGGAGGUUUGGCCAACUUCUGGAGAUUGAACAAAGAGGGCGGCAGAUUGGAUAUCAAUUGGAGCUUUGAUCCCACGGUAAGGACGACCUUCUGGAACAGUCUUUUGGCUGGAGCGAUUGGGUGGUUCGGAGUAGGUUUUAACCAGUCGUCUGUCCAGCGAAUUGCUUCCAUGCCAACGCAACGACAAGCUAUCAAAAUGGUAUUGUGGAGUACGCCUGGUUUCCUUCUGCUAGCCAUCGCGGCCGGUCUGGAAGGCUUCGUGGCAUUUGCCUAUUACAAAUCCAAGCAGUGUGAGCCGUAUUCUGCCGGGUACAUAUCCGGUUCAAACGAGAUUCUGCCGUACUUUGUUAUGGAGCUCUUCCAGACACUGCCUGGUAUGGGCGGUCUGUUCCUAGCUGCUCUGUUCAGUGCUUCUUUAAGUUCUUUAUCCUCUGGCCUGAAUGGGAUUGCAGCAAACACACUGAUGGACUUUGUCUCGCCAUUUUGGCCAAAUAUUUCUGAACUACGGAGGACUAUUAUGGCCAAAUUAUUCGUGGUUGUGUUCGGUUUGAUAUCAAUCGGUUUGUCUUUUAUGGUAAUGGCGUACGGCGGCCCAAUCACUCAGAUCUGUAGUUGUCUGUUGGGGUCACUAGGAGGUCCCAUCAUGGGCUUGUUUCUCACGGGAGCUUUCAUUCCCUGGGCCCAUUCAAAGGGUGUUCUGGUGGGAGGUCUGUGCGGUGUGGGCAUGUGUGUGUGGAUAACCCUCGGGGCUCAAUUGACCGGUAUUAAGACCCCUUAUCUACACCUGGAGGGCACGGACGCCUGCCCCACGAACGUCACUCAGUCACUUCUCACAAAUAGUACUGUUGUUAGCCCCUUUAAAACACCGGAAUCAUGUGUGGGAUUAGAACGGAUGUAUGCCCUCUCUUUCACGUCUUACUCUCUGGCUGGCCUUUUGGUCACAGUGAUAGUCUCCACGAUCACCAGUGCCAUUACCGGUUUUUCUAAUCCAAGGGACGUAAAUCCCCUCUACAUGUCACAUAUUAUACGUGGGUUUUUCUUCACCAAAGACGAGAUCGAGUCGGCUGCUUUAGGGAAAAGCGGCCUUGACCCUGAACUUUUGGAACAAAACCCCAUGAAGGACUUGACGAAUGCGACUGAAGGGGAAGACGAAGACCGCUCAGUGAUUUACAAACCCGCCAGAGAAACCGAGGCAAAUCAGCGGCGCCCUCUGGUGGCAGUCCAGACGGACAGCUCGUUCAAUAAAAACAUGUGAUAGGGGAUUAACUGGCUGUGGAUAGGUGAAAGAGGAUAGGAGUGAUUCUGUUUACGUGUAACAGAGGAUUAUAGUUAUUACGGAUUAUACAUUCUGAGAUGCUUGUUUUUGUAUCACUUUUAUUUUAUUAGGAUACAAGAAAAACGAAAUUUCCUGGGUUUUUUUUAAGAAUCGUCAGCUCGCGAAAAUAUUGAGAUGGAAAAUCAAUCUGAAUGUUUUGGUGUAAAAUACCCCUACAAGUCGGAUCUAACGUGGACAGGUGUGUAUGGUUAGGUGACAGUCAACACGAACGCUCUGUGCACGUAAAAAUAGCCUUAGAGUUGAUUAACAACUGGACACGAGUGUCUCCGAUUUAAAGGCGGAGAAAACAUAAAUCACUUAAAGUUCAGAUCAAAUUAUGCAAAAAGUUAGUUGUAAAUACGGUCCUUUUAUUUUAUUU